ACCUGUCAUAAUUUAAAAGGAUUUAUUUAUUUUCGAGAUAACAAUAUGGAUAGACUAUUUGGAAAAUCAAAACCAAAACCUCCUCCACCAAAUUUAAAUGAUUGCAUAACCACGAUUGAUACACGUGGGGGAAAUGUUGAGCAAAAAAUUUCUAAAUUGGAUCAAGAAUUAACAAAAUAUAAGGAUCAAUUGAAAAAAAUGAGGGAAGGUUCUUCUAAGAACAUAGUCAAACAAAAAGCCCUCAAGAUACUUAAACAGAAACGAAUGUACGAACAACAAUUAGACAAUUUAAGGAAUCAAUCCUUUAACAUGGAACAAGCGAAUUAUGCCACCCAAGCGUUGAAAGACACCAAAACUACGCUCGACGCUAUGAAAAUGGGCGUGAAGGAAAUGAGGAAAGAAUACAAGCAUGUCAAUAUAGACAAAAUCGAUGAAGUCCAAGACGAUUUGGAAGAUUUAUUAGACCAAGCUAACGAAGUUCAAGAUGCUCUGGGUCGGCAAUACGGAGUACCAGAUAUCGAUGAAUCAGAGUUAGAUGCUGAACUCGAAGCCCUGGGAGAUGAAAUGCUGGGCGAUACCGACACCUCAUACCUCGACGAUGCUAGCAAAGCCCCAUCCGCACCCACAAAAGAACCCGGAAAGGAAUCUAUUGCCCUUCCCUCUGGCGGGAAAGGAGGAGGGGGUUCUAGUACUUCUAAGAAUAAAGAAGGUGUCACGCUUGACGAAUUUGGGUUGCCUCAAAUCAACUGAUCUUCACUUUGUGAUCUUAAAUUAACAUGCCAUAACUAUUUAAAUUUAUUAUAAUCUAUAAAAUCUCAAAAAUAUGUGUCUUAUAACAUAUUGAUUUAUUUUGGCGUUGUAUGUAGUUAUAAAUAUAUUGUUUAAUAAA